UAAUUAAAUAUUACCAAAAUGUCAUCUAAUACAAAUUAAGUUCACAGUUCAGGGCGUUUAAUGUUGGUUAGUUAUUUAUAUUGUACCCAGUGUCACGUACUGAAGUUAACCGUGGUGGAGUUGUUCUGAGCAUGUGCAGUUCAAUCAAAAGCUAACCAAACUAAACCUCGCCUAAUUAAAAUUAAUCUGACCUAACCUAACCUAAUCUUUUAUUCCGAGGGGUAAUCUCGGCACACUUCAAGCUUUAAAUGAUGUCUUGAUUGACCUCCACAUGCCUAGAAUAUUUCCAGAAUGCUCAGCACGCCACAACAGUACAAAAAAGUAGCCAACGGAAAUUAAACAUACAGUAUUGACAUCUAUAGGAGGAAAGAGGAUAAUUUUUCAAUUUAUUUUCAGCAUCAUUUCUAACAUAUGUUGAUGUGAUUCAAGAAUUUUGCACUUAAUGUUUGCUUUUAUUUUGCGGUUCUAAAAUCUCCAGUUGUAAGCGUUCUGUGCCAAUUCCAGAAUAGCCCUGAGCAUUAUGGGAAUUCUCAUUAUGUGUGAUAUUUCUUCAAUUGCCCAGCGUCCAGUAGAGAGAAUGAUAUCACUUAACAAUUCUGUUCGUGUGUCUGGAGAAGAACCUGAUCCUGCACGUGAAGAAAGAUCUGGCCGUGUUCGUGAAGUUGGUAGUCAAGCAGUAUGGUCACUAUCCUCUUGUAAACCAGGUUUUGGCGUGGAGCAGUUACGUGAUGAUUGCUUGGACACUUACUGGCAGUCAGAUGGUCCUCAGCCCCACCUUGUCAAUAUUCAGUUUCGGCGCAAAACAACUAUACAAGAUGUAUGGAUAUAUGCUGAUUAUAAAGCUGAUGAAAGCUACACCCCCAGCAGAAUCUCCAUUCGCUGUGGAACACACUUCAAUGAUCUCCAAGAGAUUGAAGUGGUUGAUUUGCAUGAACCAACUGGAUGGCUACUUAUUCCCUUGAAGGAUAUUCAUGAGCGCCCCAUCCGUACAUACAUGGUCCAGAUUGCUGUAUUAUCAAACCAUCAGAAUGGAAGAGAUACGCAUAUGAGACAAAUAAAGAUUCAUUCCCCAGUUGAAGACAAGGCUGUUGCUGUGGAAAGUGUUGGGGCAUUUACGUCAUCUGCAUUCAAACGAUACAGUUGCACUAGAUGAUGUUACUUGCUUUGUAAAUGCCUCUUUGUAUAUAGUGUAAUUGAGCGGAGUAUCUGAUUAUAUUACUGUACUAGAAAUUCUAUAAUAUUUUUUUGGUUUCACAGACUAAUAUCAGAGAAUAUUAGGUUGUAUAAAGAUAAAUUUGCCAGGAGGAAGUGAAAUAAACAAGACAGCUGUA